AAUUACUUUUCCCCUGCUACAGAUGGCGCUAUCACUAGACAGCCAUCUCUGCUUCUGCUCUAUCAACGUAUAGUGUCAAUCACAGAAAAAAGAAUACUUGAAACACAUGGUUAUGAGAGAUUAUGACGUAGAAAUGAGCAACAAUGCAUCUCAUGAAUUUUCUGGUGUACACUCUUUUGCUGAGGAAACUAUGCCAGAAGACUAUGAUAUGGAGUCCUCAUCGGAAGCACUAACAACAGAGUUGGAAGAAGGAGAAGUAUUACAGGAUGCUGAACUGGUGUGUGUCAAUCAAGAAGAUAUCGACAGACUUGCUGCUGAAGAAGAGGCUGCUGAAAUAGAGUUUUCUUCACCAAAUUAUACACAACAGAAAGCCAAAAGAAAAGGGCAGGAUCUUCUGAGAUACCAUAUUGUUUCAUGUCAGGAAGAACUGGAAGAGCUGCGAAACCAGAGUGCCAAUGAAGAUGGCCUAAUAGAUCCCAAAGAUAAACUACAUCUUGUAAAAUAUGUAAAAAUUGAAGGAAAGAUUUUGAAGCUAUGGGAAUGUGGCAUAUGUGCUAAGGAUUUCCGACACCAAUAUACGCUAAUGCGUCACCUUCCAACUCAUACUGAUGAACGAAAGUUUGUGUGCGAUGUUUGUGAUAAAGCAUUUCGUCAAAUGAGUACGUUAUCACAGCACCGUGCCAUACAUUCAAACGCACGUCCUUACGUCUGUGAAGUUUGCCAGAAAACAUUUAAUCGAGUCUCCACUUUAAUAUCUCAUCGGCGGACACAUUUUGACGAUAAGCCGCAUAAGUGUCAUGUGUGCGGGAAAGGAUUUCAUCAAAAAGGCAACUUGAAGAAUCAUAUAUUUUCGCAUUCAAAUGAACGGCCGUAUCGGUGUGAAAUUUGUGGCAGAGGCUUCAAUCAAAUGUCCAAUCUAGUUGUACAUAAGAUGAAACUUCACGGUCAAGCAAGUCCAGCAGAUGGAACGACGCGUGCAGCUCAAACCGACAAGUUUUCCUGCAAGCUGUGCAACGAAAAAUUUCCCAAGAAAGCAUUUCUCACUUUACACGAGGAGCAAACCCACAACCUGAUAAAAUCGAGGUCUUCCUCCAAUCGCAAGAAUCGUGUUCCUGCUUCAAAUAGGAAACAGGUUCAAGUAGCAGUAGCGUCUGAGUCAGUCACAUUAAAACAGCCUACUGUUACAAGGUCGAAUUCAAAAGUUUUACAAUCCAAGAACGAAGACGGAAAUACAGCGGGACUUUUGAUCGAUGCCAUUCAAACUCCUAGUAUGCAGGAAGCGAGAAAUACGAACCAAACUGCGUUUGCUCUGCUCAAAUCCAUAGAUGGAACCCCGUCUUUGGUCAAAAUUUUUGAUCUUCCAAACAACAAACAAUUAUUGAUAUCAGCUACGUCAGAAGAUUUAGCCGAAUCUGCCCAAAAGUCAGCCCAAGUGGAUCCUUCCUGUAAACCAAGUCAAGUCAAGGUUGCAGUGGUGGCAACCGUAUCCCAGCAGAUGGGCGACGACGGCCAGCUAGUAGUACGGAUAGAAUCUAUUGAAGUGGACCAAAAAAUAUUGGAUUCUAUUGAAACCCCAUGUCGCCAGGAAAACGCUAUCGAAGUUUCCUCAUUCAAGGAUACGAUUUCUAACUCUUGUGAACCUACCACGGAGUUAGAGAAUGACCAAAUUCAUUUUGUGCGUCCUUUACCGGAUGGAGGUUUUGAAAUAGUUGGCGAAACAGAAGCUGCAAGUUUCCUUGAAAUAGUCGAGGAGGACAGUUCUCGUUCUGGUGAUGCUAGUAACAGCAGCCUGAUGGACUCCGCUCAAAUUUUUAUCACACAAGAUGAGCAUGGUCACCUAAUGCUUGAAGGAACACCACUACAUUAUCUACUGGGAGCCAACAACCAACAACAGUUGCAGUUUGUUCUGAACAACAGCAAGAGAAAAUAAUUCAGAUUCAGUUAAAUUUGUAUAUUACAUCAGUUCAGCAACUGCAAGUGUACAUGGCUUUGUAGAGUUAACAAGAAAAAGUUCACAAUCA